ACUUCUUUGACAUACACCAUAUCCCCUUGGAAUUAGAAAGUAUACUAUCUUUGUUGCAGAAGCAGGUAAAAUAAACAUUAAAGUUGGAAUGUGGGAUGAGAAAUAUUACAAUAGCGUUGGCAGUAAAUAAGGUGUUGUCAACAACUGUCAGGAUGUGCACCAGCAGAAAGUUUAUCGAUAUUGGUGCGAAUCUCACGGACCCAAUGUUUAGAGGAAUAUACCAUUCAAAGCGUAAGCACGACGAUGAUUUUAACAGUGUUCUCGAGCGUGCGUGGAAUAUAGGUUUGGAGAAAAUAAUCAUUACCGGAGGAAGUUUAAAUGAAAGCAAGGAGGCUCUUCAGUUAGCGAACUCGGAUGAAAGAUUAUUCGGCACUGUGGGUUGUCAUCCAACUCGCUGUGGAGAAUUUGAAAAAUUUGGAGACCCCAAUGAAUAUCUGAACAGUCUUCAGGAACUCGCUAUUCAAAAUAAGAGGAAAGUUGUAGCCAUUGGAGAAUGUGGCUUGGACUAUGACAGAUUAGAAUUUUGCCAGAAGGAAACUCAAUACAGAUAUUUUGAAAAACAGUUGGCCAUGUGUGAAUCCAUCAAGCUGCCAUUGUUUCUUCAUUGUCGUAAUGCUGCAUCGGACAUGAUAGAGAUCCUCCAGAAACAUAGAGAUGGCCUGACGGGUGGUGUCGUUCACUCGUUCGAUGGCACGAAAGAAGAGGCAAAGGCCUUCCUUGAUCUUGGAUACUAUAUAGGUAUAAAUGGCUGCUCACUGAAGACAGAAGACAACCUGAAGACAGUUGCUGAUAUUCCUAGUGACCGUCUCUUACUGGAAACAGACUGUCCUUGGUGUGGCGUGCGACCAUCACAUGCUGGGGCCCGCUAUAUAAAAACUACAUUUCCCUCUGUUAAGAAAGAGAAGUGGCAAGCAGGAAAUAUGGUUAAAGAUAGAAAUGAACCUGCAAAUAUUGUGCAUGUUCUUGAAAUUGUAGCCGCAGUUCGGAAUGAAGAUGCUGAAGAACUGUGUGAAAAAAUUUAUAAAAACACAAAAAAGUUAUUUUUCGAUCAUUUGACUGAAUAAUUAUAUUGGUUUUUGUAAGCCAGUGUAAAAGAAAAAGUAAAGGUACAACAGUGAAUUUACCUUCCCUCAGUCUUUCGUUAUUUUUGAAAGCUGUUUAAUACAGAAAGGCAUUGCCUUACUUUCACUUUAAAACUUGAUACCAAAAUAUGUCAUACUUGAAAAAUCAAAUUGCAGAUUAUCUUAAUAACAAAUGCUAACUUGCCAACUUGAAAUUAUGUGUCAGAUACAGUGUCACUGAAAUUAUGAAAAGAGGGAGCCAUAAUGAAACCUCAUUUAAAUUAUGAUUAUUAUUAUUGUAUUAUUAAUAUUUUAUAAAUAAAGUUUCUAUGAAGCAUGUGCUUCUGAUAACCUUA